CUCUCAUUGGCUGUAGCUGUUAUGUGGGCGUGGCCACAGCAGAGCCGUUUGAUGCUCUGAUGAAGGACGACCACACCACGGUCCAAUCACGGAUGAUUUCAUUGACCGCCGCCGCAGAGAGAACAUUGACGAUGACACCACAGAACACCAUCAUGCUGGCAUCCAGGAGCUUCUUUACAUCUGAGGAUUCUCUGUCAGAGCGCUGUAGACCAGACUGAUGGAACUGAUCGACUCUUCUCAGCCGAGUCCUGGCACGUCGUAGGAGUCUGCUCCAGACAGGAAGACUGAGGAGGACGAGGAGAAACAGACGAAGAAGAACAGAAGAAGACAAGGAGAAGAAAAGGAGGGAGAGGAUGGUGAGGGGAGUCAUCAUGACCCCCGUGGACCGGCCGGAGCAGUGAGCUCGAUUCAACUCGACCACCUAACGCCGUUACACUCCUACCUGCAGUGCUGUGAUUGUGACAUGAACGUGAAGGUGAACUCUGAGAGGAUCUCUCAGUCUAAAACUACCACCAUGGUUUCAGAGCUGAGUCCAGAGGGACACAACUACUCACGGCCGACGUCUCGUAUGCCGAGGAAAGUGGCAACGUUCGGGAAACGCUCAAACUCGAUGAGGAGGAAUCCUAAAGCCGAGGUGACCAAACAGGGCUGGCUUUAUAAACAGGCGAGCAGCGGAGUGAAGCAGUGGAAUAAGCGUUGGUUCAUCCUCUCAGACAGAUGUCUCUUCUACUACAAAGAUGAGAAGGAGGACACGGUGUUGGGGAGUCUUCCUCUGCUGAGCUUCAGAGUUGGAGGAGUGGAACCAGCAGACAACAUCACCAGGAAGUUCGCCUUUAAGGUGUGGCAGGAGGAGGCGGAGUCAGAGGAAGAUGGCAGUGAUGAAGGUGAGGUGAACAGAUCGGUUGUGUUCUGUAUGCAGGCGGAACACGCUGGAACCAGGACGUACUUCUUCAGUGCCGACAGCCAUGAGGAUCAGGAGGCCUGGAUCAGAGCUAUGAGUGACGCCGCACAGGUCGCCGUGGAGACGGACGCCAGGACGGCCUCUGACACUAAUGCUGAUGUCUCCAUGGAAACAAAGACCCCUGACCCCGCCCAUACACAGCCAGAAGCUGACCCUGAACCUGACCCUGCCCCCUCCAAGACCAAUGGUGUGGUCAGCCAGGACACGCCCCCACCCUCCACGCCACGAGGAGAGGGGGGAGGGGAGAGGGAGGACGAGGGGGGAGGACCUGACCCUGCCCCUGACUCUAACCACCAACCAAAUGGAUGGAGUAACCACGUCCCAUCAAAAACCCUCCCUCCCAACACCACAAGACAUGCCCCCUCUCAGGGACCCUUAGAGGGAGGAGGCAGGGCCCCUCAGGAGCAGCAGGAGAACGUGGUCCUGAGGCGGGGCUUCGUCCCCCGGACGGCGCCGGAGAGAGUUGCUCAGAGGAAGAGCUCCAUGGCUCAACUACAGCAGUGGGUCAACCAGAGGAGGGGCGUGGCCUCUCAGGAGGACCUGCACAGCCCCUCCCGUUACUACCAACCAGUGGGUCGGGGGCCCCCUGCUGACUACUAUGGUUACCCUGGGGGCCCCCCCUACAUUGAGGACUACCCUCUGUACCCCCCGGGGAUCCGUCCUGAAAGCAUCUGCUCCAUGUCCGCUGUGGGGGGUUACGACCGCCGCUGGACCAUGGAAGAGAAACGCCACUCCCUGAGAGAUGGCCCCCACCAGCUCUAUGGUCCCCCCACGCCCCGGGACUCCUGGGGGCCACAGUACUACAGCGGGAUGGAGACAUCCAUGAGGCGUCUGUCCAUCCAGCCUCGGUCCAGGUCCGUCCCCCGUUCCCCUUCCUCAUCUUCAGCAGGGCCGUACUCCCCGGUACCGCACAACUUUGCCUCGCCAGCUCGAUCGCCGUCUGCUCGCUUCGACCGCUACGGAAGGAUAAGGGACGACGUGAUCUACGCGGAUCCAUCCAUGUAUGGUCUGAGGAGGUCGCUUAGCUCGCCAAAGUAUGACUUCCCUGGAAACAGGCGCUCCUUAAGCCAAGGACUGUACUACAACUACCCCGUGUCCCCCUCCAUCCACAGUAAAAUGGUACCUGCAGGAAGUCACCUGAUUACCCGAAUGUUGGAUCGCUCUCCCUCAGCAGCAAAGCUCUGUGUGCAAGUGCCUCCAUUCCAUGACAUCUACAGAGGAGAACUCCACCCGACACUGAAACUCAACGAGAUCGAAACCAGUAAACUUCUGGGCCGCCUGUGUGAGCAGAACCGCACCUUGAAAGACCACGAGGCUGUGGUCCACCGACUGAGGAUGGACAAGGACAGCCUGGAGGAGGCGCUGGUGGCCACUCAUCAGGAGAUGGAGCUGUAUCACAGCCAGCCUUUAGCCAUGGAGAAGCUCCGCUUUAAAAAGGAAACUCUGCAGAACCAGCUCAUCAACAUCAGGGGAGAGCUCUCACAGGCCUCCAGUGCUUUGACCACCACCAGGAUGGAGUUUGAGGCGUUAGAGGACGAGGCCAGCGCCAUUCAUGGAGACCUGUGGGAGCAACUCAAUGCAGGAGGACAGAGCGAGCUGGUUCGUCGUCACAUCCAGAAGGAGUUUUGGCGAGUCCAGGACGUGUUGGAGGGUCUGCACAAGAACAAUUCAUCCAGAGGCACGGACACGGCCAAGCACAGAGUAACCAGCGGUGCGUCAGGAUCCUUUAGCACCAAUAGUCCAGCCAGUCCCCUGAGCUCAGUCAGCCUCACCAGCCCACUCAGCCCCUUCUCCCCCGUGCCCGGCUCCCAGGCCUCCCCCACCAAACAGCUGGGCCCGGAGGAACACGCUCCCCCCAGGCCCCCCCUUCCUAAGUCCUACUACCCCCUGGAGCCAUCCUCCACCUUCCCCCCUUCCGUCCCUCCCCCGCCCUUUGACAGCACCGCCUGGCUGCGCUGCUUGGGCGUGGAUGAAGGUUACCUAGACGGUGAAGACGGUCACGUCAGAAAGUAUGGAGACCAGAACAUGAGUGAUGUGGUGGAGCAGCUCCAGGACCGGCAGUCAGCCAUGAACAAAGUCGGCAUUGUUCCUCCCAGAACCAAGUCACCCACGGACGAGUCUCAGGUCGGACCUGCUGCAGUUACUCGACACCACGGCCGAGCUCAUAACGGGAUCUCCAGGGAACGGCCUAAGAGCGCCGUGUUUCCAGCGGAGGUAAAGUCAAAAAUGAGCGUGGAGGAGCAGAACGAACGAAUCAGACGAAACCAGAGCAGCUCUGUCAGAGACAAGAGGCGGAGCCUAAACCUGUCAGGUGGACAGUCACCAGCCAACUACAAAGUGAUCAGGCGGCGGCUGACUGCUCAUGAGAUCGAUAUCAAAGACUUGGAGGCCGCGGUCCGAGGCCAGGGUCAGGAGUCGCCUCGCGAGGAAAUCGCUCGCCUGAGACGGCUGCAGAUUGAACCAGAACACUAUGACCUCGACAUCAGCAAGGGGCUGAUGUCUCCAGACAAAGUCUUGAUCCCGGAGCGGUACCUGGAUGUAGAGGACGACACACCUUUGAGUCCUGAGGAGCAGAAAGAGAAGCAGAAGAAGCUGGAGAGGAUAAAAACGCUCAUCGCCAAAUCAAAUCUACAGAACAUGGUUCCUCUGCUGGAUGGUCCCGUGGAUGGCGGGGCCCCCGCCUCCUCCCAGCAGCAGCUUCAGGAGCAGGAGAAAAGGAUCGAGAUCUCCUGCGCUCUCGCUGCUGAGGCGUCUCGCCGCAGUCGUAUCCUGUCUGCCCAGUGCGUCCCCAGUCCCCCCACCUCCCCGACCAGCCUGGCCCCUCCCCCAUCCUCCGCUGACUUCCCAAACUCCGCCCACAUCAUGAAGGUGUGAGUCCUACCAGCCCAGGCCCUGGCUGCGGUGAAGUUUGACGGAGCGUCUUUCUGAGGAUCACUGGACGAACUGAACAGACUUGUCUUUUCUGUAGCACCUGAACAUUCAACAACAGCAUGGGGGAUCUACUUCCUGUGUCUGAGAGACAGUUAUAAACCCAACAGGAAACAAAAGACUGAAUAUUCCCCUUCAAAAUAAAACCUCUGAUCCCUCUGAUGGUCUCCCACUGUGUGAGGCGGUAACUGACCAGCUUCAAAGAUGUGUAAGAUUUAAUUUAGCUCAGGACACAAAGGAGACGUCACCAAGACACCUCUGAGACCGCAAUGAACUGAUGGGGGUCACGGUUAGACUGGUCAACCUCUGAGACCACGAUGAACUGACGGGGGUCAUGGUGAGACUGGUCAACCUUUGAGACCAUGAUGAACUGACGGGGGUCACAGUAAGACCGGUCAACCUCUGAGACCACGAUGAACUGAUGGGGGUCACGGUUACACCGGUCAAUCUCUGAGACCACAACGAACUGAUGGGGGUCACGGUUAAACUGACAGAGGUAACAUUGAGACCAACCUUCUGACGGAGGCAGGGACACUGCAUGGGCGAGGAACAGGCUGGAGAUAAUUAUGAGGACAUAUUAACCAGGAGGAGGAGCUCUGGAUGUGGAUGGCAAAGGUUUCUUGCAAGGCAAUGUCUGAGUGACUGCUGGACGCUUAGAGAAGACGUUAAUGGGCAUCUUUAUUCAUCAUAAAGUCGUGGACCUGAGUAUCCUGGUUUUGACCUGGUUUUUAGGUGUUCCAUUUUGUAUUUGGUCAUUCAAAGAUCCCAUCCUGAUUCAGAAACAGGAUUAACCCUUAUCCUGGUUCAGUACCUGGUGAACUCUGACAGUGAACAGGUGAAGAAGAGCAGGUGUGACCUCAGCAAAGUGACGGAUCAGCAAAAUCAAACAGGAAGUUUUAAUGGAAGAAACGGUUGAAACGCUGACCUUUUCAACUCUAUAAUUAACGGGCAACAGGUCAGCGGUCUACAAAUAUGUAGGAUGGAGUAGGUCACGCAAUGAUGGAGACGUUACUAUGUGGACAGACUUCAAAACCAGAGGCCCUGACCCUGCGUGGAGAUCUCACAGAUGUUUAGUCACCAUCCACUGGUCACUACAGCCGACGGCAGUGGUCAUAAUUAGCCAGGUCUCUGUCCCAGGAAAGGCUCCUAACCGGGAUACUCACAUCCAUGGAAAUGCCCUUGGCAGCGGUCCGAGGGGCACGGCAUCACUGAUAUUGUUGGUAUGGAUCGGAGGACUCACUUGAUCUCACUGUGACGCCUUUUUCACGCCCCUCCUCACCUAUGUCUCAGCCACCUGCUCUGAUUUCAACCAUGUCAGAAUCCUCUAAUCUGAUUGGUUCUGAUGUCAGGGUGACUUUAAAUCACCUGUCCUUUAUGCCGAGGUCAGACGCCACCAUCUUUUAUGUCAGAUCAGGUGCUCACAGAGACACGAGUACAUGCCAGUGCCCGACCAAUCAUCAGGUGUAAACAAACAUCCUGGAUCUACGGUACUGAACUGAAUUAGUCUGUUAGGAUGAAUGAAUCCAUAAUGUCUAAUGUUAAAGACUUCUAUAAAAUCGCAUUCAAAACAAUCAGAUUUGAACAAUCACACCUGAUCUGUUGGAUUUAACUUAGUUAAUGGGAUCAGUUUUAAUUUGGACAAAGUGACUAAACUUAGGGUGGACAUUCGUUAAUGCUGUAGUACAAAAUAGUCUUUUUAAAGACAUACAGAUGGGAAAAAGUGGAAAAAUAUGGGCUCAGAUAAAUAUUUUUAACAUCAGGAGCCAAUUAUAGUUUGAUGAUAUAAUUCAGUAGAAUACCCCAGGAUUAGUAGUGAUCCAGCUGUAUCACAGAGGGCUCUGGCUUACUUAACUUCCUGUUUGGUGGUGUUCUAGAUGUGACUCUCUUUGUGACACACUACACAGUUUAAACCAUCAAUGUUCAGGGUUGAUGGGUCCUAAGACCCUCCGACUGCUGGAUCAGGAUUUAAUAGUGAUUAUGAGGGGUUGUCUGACCUUGGCAUUACUCCGUUAAUUCCACUGAUGAGUCAGUGUAAGUCAUCGCCAUUUACGGUUCAUGCAUGUGUUUCUGUUUGUUUGAUGGUCGUCACCUCACCACUCAGACCUACAAUAUGGUCAGCAAAAUGGUCCAUACUUUAUAAUACCUCAUAUUUUAGGGUUAAAAACCCCUGACCCCUAAACUUAAUCAGGUCAUUAGGUAGUAUCAAAGCACCAAAGCUUUAAAAAAAAGAGUCCUAUUUCUAACCAAAAGCUCCUGAACACGGUUGAAAACUAAACAAAAACACAUGUGAUGAUGUUUCUGUGUAAUUCGGGCCAUGAUCAGGAGCUUUCUUUAAUUUUUGAUAAUUAAAAAGAAUUAAAGACCUAUAGUUGGGUUGUCUGGGACUUAAUUUAAGUUCUUUUUACCGGAGUCAUAUCAAAGUUUAUGAUGGUUCUAUCAUGGCGAGCCUCCCUCUGAUUGUGCAUGUAAAUAAAAUGUACGUUAUAAGGUUUGUUGGAUCCGUGGAAGUGAAAUAGAAGUGACCUUAGCAGAGUAACACGUGUUGGUGUAAAGAAACGUUAGUGAACAUGCAGUCAGUCCAGAGGAUUUAUUAGCAUAUCCUUAUUCAUGUCCACAUGCAGUGCCAUAUGUCUGAAACACGUCUGUUUUAUGUGCUGAAUUCAACUUUUUAAAUCUGGAGGACAUGCAGUUAUCAACAUGGCAACUACUGUUAAAAAGAAAUAUUUAAUCAAAUCUAGGGAAGCAUGGUAUUGAUACUUAUCGAUAUCCAAUAUGGUGGUUUUUCCAAACCCACUUAAACUAAUACCAUUAAAUAUAAAUGCAGGUUUUUUUUAAUAUUGUAAAGAAGACCAAGUAUUACUUUUAUUGUGAUGCUCUGUUUAUUAUAGAAACAAACACCUUAUCCUAUAAUAAAUGACAGAUCUUUGUCAGAGGAUGGUCUUGUUGGUUCAUCUGAGAGAGGGAAGUAUUCUGGUACGUUUGUGUAUGUUUACUUCAUACCUUAUUUCAGACAUUGAACUGAAAACUAAUUUAAAACCCUGUAGACUUUGAUGCCAUGCAACAGGAAGGUGGACUCCGGUCAAGAUGUAGAAACAUCUCAGCAAAGGUCCAGAGACAAAGGAGGAACCUGAGCUACAUUUACAGGGUUGUUGGAUAGGGUCUGAAAAAUUAUGCUGAUGUGAUAUUUAAGACUUUAUUUUUAAUACAUUUGCAAAAAAUUCUAUAAUUCUAUUUUAACAUUGUCAUGAUGGGGUACUGAGUGUAGAUUAAUGAGAAAAAAAAUGAUUUCAAACAAGUGUAGCAUCAGGUUGAAACAUAAGAAAAUUAAAAAGGUGAAAGGGAUCUGGAUACUUUCUGAAACAGCUGUAUAUGCCAACAAUUUUUUAUGUUUACUGUCCACCACUUUUUCAAAAACUGCCAACUCUGGCCUAUUUGAUUAAAAUGCAGGGGAAAAGGAACCAACAUCCUCAGCUUCACCAACAUUCUGUCCUCUGCCUUUGAUUACGUCACCCUUUGAGUCACAUUCUAUGCCUUUGAAGAUGACAUCAUCUUUCAGGUCAAAUUCUAUGUUUGCCUUUGAAGAUGACGUCAUCCUUUGAAGUCACAUUCUAUGCUGGCCUUUGGAGAUGAUGUCAUCCUUUGAAGUCCUAUUCAACGUUUACUUUUGAAGAUGACAUCAUCUUUUUAAGUCAAAUUCUAUGCUUGCCUUUGAAGAUAAUACCAUCCUUUGAAGUCCUAUUCAACAUUUACCUUUACAGAUGACAUCCUCUUUAAAGUCACAUUAUAUGUUUGCCUUAAAGAUGACAUCAUCCUUUGGAGUCACAUUCUAUGCUUGCCUUUGAAGAUGAUGCCAUCCUUUGAAGUAACAUUCUAUGUUAAGCUUUUAAGAUGACAUCAUCUUUAAAGUCAUAUUCUGUGUUUGCCUUGAAGAUGAUGUCAUCCUUUUAAGUCCUAUUCAAUGUUGACCUUUGAAGACGACAUUAUCUUUUAGAGUCAAAUUCUAUGCUUGCCUUUGAAGAUGAUGCCAUCCUUUGAAGUAACAUUCUAUGUUAAGCUUUUAAGAUGACAUCAUCUUUAAAGUCAUAUUCUGUGUUUGCCUUGAAGAUGAUGUCAUCCUUUUAAGUCCUAUUCAGUGUUGACCUUUGAAGACGACAUUAUCUUUUAAAGUCACAUUCUAUGCUUGCCUUUGAAGAUGAUGCCAUCCUUUGAAGUAACAUUCUAUGUUAAGCUUUUAAGAUGACGCCAAUCAAAGCCUCUCAACAUUCCCUGUUUUAAACCUAUUACAGUCGUAUACACUCUAAGCCUGUUUGCUGCAUCCUCCUCCAGAUUUAACCCCUUACCUCCCUCCACACAGCCACACCCCCUCAUUGUGUAUUUCGCCCCCUCGAUGUGAUGAAGUGUUUAACGUCAAAGCGAGUGGCGUUCAUAGAAAGCAUUCAGUGUUAAACAGAUUUUAUACUGAAGCAUUGAUGGCUCUCACUUUACACAGAAAAUAAAACGGAUUCAGAGAAAAUGUCUAUAUUUUUGUUUUUUAAAGAAAGGGACCGCAUUCACUGAUGGAGCGAGUAUUUUUUUAGCUGCAUGGAUAUUUGAUGACACUUUUUACUCUUCAUCCAGUUUUCAGGACGUGUUCGUGUACCACCGUCGUGGCUCUGACCUUUGAUAUUUGUGGAUCCAUUAGAGGGUGGCGUGCUGAAAACGGACGGUGUUCAUCUUUGAUACAACAUGUAGCAUCUGUUCCUAAAUAAAGAGGAGUGUAAAUAACGUUUUCAGUUAUCUUCAUGUAUUCACUGCUACUUUGGGGGAAUAGACAAACUGCUUGAUCUAUGCAAAUGUUAAAAAUGACCAUAAAUAUUACGCUUGCAAUAAAUUGAAUGUAAACCCAUGGAGAGUUUCUAGAAGCUUCUGAUUCCUCUGCUCUUUUUCUACCAUGUCUGCUGCCUGAACGAUCGUAUAUUUACUGCUCUGUCCACGUGUUGAUAAAGGUCACUGCCAAAAAAAAACUACUGAGGUUAAAGCUCAUCCCCCGCCGUCAGCAACAGACCCCUCUCCCCAUGAUAAAGACGGUGUUUGUUAUAUUAAACUAUAUGUCUGCAUUAAUAAAGAGCAUAAAACAAA